AAAAGGGGGGCAAUGAAAAUUUUCCUCUCGCCGUAGCAAGGGCAACGCUACUCCGUCUGGCGUGUUUUGAUUCAACAUUUCCAUUCUAUUUUGCGUGAAAAGUUGGGAAAAAGUGUUUCUUUCCAUUUGGCUUUCUGUUCCGCUGACUGGAACGGUGUUUGUGCAAUGGUGACGAUUCAGUAACCCUCGCGAAACGUACACACACACCAGACACAGCAGCAACAACAACAACAACAGCAGCAGCAGCACACAGUACACAGCAGUGCGUAGACGGGGUGCGACGGUGCGAUGUCGCUCUUUCGCAAGCCCAAAAAGCCCAUCCAGCGGCGCGUUUUCAGCGGCUACGAUGAUGAGGACGAGGAAAACCACGGCUCGUCGGCGAAGGAUUCGGGCCACCCGAACGGUGCCGGCAACGGGACACAAAACGGUACCAGCGUCGACCGGUCCACACCGAUGGACGUUGACCCCGUGCCGGAAGGUCCGGCGGUAGCGACGGCAUCGGUCGCACCGUCCUCCUCCUCAUCCAAGCGAAAAGAGCACCGUGCUGCGGCGGACUCUGGCUCGAAGGGCUCGUCGUUGAAAGCGAACCCGAGCACCAAACCCUCUUUGCUUAGUUUCGACGACGAAGAGGAGGGCGGCGAAGUUUUCCAAGUGAAAAAGUCCUCCCACAGCAAGAAGGUGAUGAAAACGCUCGACAAGGAACGGCGCCGGAAGCGGCACAUGGAAAAGGGCAACGGCAGCGGACUGGCCGGACCGGCGCCAGGAUCAGCGUCCGGUGGAGCGGGUGCAGUGGACCAGGCCAAACCAACGAGCGCACCGCACCGAAAGCAGCCUUCAUCGUCGGCAUCGAGCGUGGCGGGCUCGUCGGCUCACGGUGGUACCGCCGACAGUAAUGAUAAGAUAAAAAGAGAAAAGUGUGAAAAUUCUAGCUCUAAUAUCCAAACAGAAAUACGCACAGACGACUUUGUGCUGGUGGUCAAGAAAUCGGACCCUGAGAAUAUGAUCCUGAACGGGCGGGCGGCACUGUGCGCCGGGCGGAACGAUAUGUCGUCGGAGGAUGACGGGAACGAGGAGGACGAAACGGAUGGACGGAUGCAGCAGCAGCACCAGCAUCAUCAUCAUCGGUUUGCGAAGCCGCAGGACAACUUUAAGAUGUGUCUGGAAAACGGUGUCAUACCGGACGCGGCCAUGAUUCAUGCCGCACGCAAGCGACGACAGAAAGCGCGUGAACAAGGCGAAUUUAUUCCGGUCGAGGAGCCGAAGGAGGACAAGACCAAAAAGCGAACCGUGCAAGAGGACGGCGAUGGCGAUGGGUCCGAUGAGGAUGACGACCGUAUCGACAUGUCGGCCAUAACCGGUGCCAAAGAGCGCGAGGAACGGCGGGAACAGUUUUACGCCGUUCAGCGUGAAGAUUCCGAUGCGGAAGAUUCCGACGUGGAAACGAAGGAAUGGGAAAAUCAGCAAAUACGCAAAGGCGUCACCGGGGCACAGCUCGUAUCGGCACAGCAAGAAUCCGUCAUAUCGCAGUACUUAAUCGGCGGCAGCUUUAGCCAAACGUUCCAGAACAAAUCCACCCUACUGCUGGACGAUCAGCGGGCGGGCGACGAUGGAACUGGCGAGUUCCGAGCACUGUCAACCGCUGCCCUGCUCGAAAAAGCGUACGCAGCGUCGAGCGGCAUCCGAUUGGCCGGUACCGGCGCUGGCAGCAAGCGUACCACGAAUGCGUCCAGCAAUGCCGGCAGCAAAUCUUCCGACACGAAACCGACCGGUCCGCGGAUGCCGCAGCAAAUCCUGGCACAGCUAACCGAACGGCACCGUACGACGGCCGAUUUGAACCGAAAGCACGACGAAGACAUCGAACACAUCACGCAGGAGGUGAAGCUGCUGCAGAUGGAUUAUCGGGCGUGCGAGCAGCGGGCACCGGUUGCGGCGGCCAAGUACCGGUUCUAUCAGGAGUUCCGUUGCUACGUGUCCGAUCUGGUCGAGUGUCUGAACGAGAAGGUACCGCUGGUAACGGCACUCGAGCAGCGGGCGCUCGCCCUGAUGGGGAAACAUUCCGGCAUGCUGAUCGAGCGACGCCGGCAGGAUAUGCGCGACCAGGUGAAGGAGGUCACGGACGCAAACAAAAUGGUCAAACGGGCCGGUCCAGAGGAUCAGGAGCGUGUGCGAAGGGCCGCCGAGCGGGAGGGUCGCCGAACGCGGCGGCGGCGCGAUCGCGAAAAGAACGAAACGGCCGAAAGCCACUUCGACGGCAUGUCGAGCGACGACGAAAUCCCCGACAUGGACGCAGCGCGCUACCGGUCCGCCCUGCAGGCGAUCGAGCUGGAGGCGCGCGACAUCUUUGCCGACGCGGCCGAAGAGUACGGCGAGGUCGGCGGCAUACUGGAGCGGUUCGAGCAGUGGCGCGAGCACGACCUGCCCGCGUACAGCGACGCGUACAUGAGCCUCUGCCUGCCCAAGAUUCUCGGCCCGCUGAUCCGCCUCGAGCACGUGUGCUGGAACCCGAUGACGAUGGAUGCGCUGGUCGAGCUAGAGAACGAAAAGUGGUACCGCACGGCCGCCCAGUACGGCUGCUCGGCCACGACGGAGGCGGCACUCGCGGCCGAUCCGGACGUACGGCUCAUACCGACGCUGGUGGAGAAAAUAUUCCUGCCCAAGCUGACCGCGCUGGUUGAGCAGUACUGGGAUCCGCUGUCGACGACGCAAACCUUCCGGCUGGUGCGGCUGCUGAAGCGGUUCGUGCGCGACUACCCAUCGCUCCGGAGCGGCUGCCGGCCGCUCCGGGUGCUCUUCCAGGCGAUCCUCGACAAGCUGAAACAGUCGAUCGACAAUGAUGUGUUUAUUCCAAUCUUUCCGAAGCAAGCGCAGGAAGCGAGGUCGUCCUUCUUUCAGCGCCAGUUCUGCAGCGGCCUGAAGCUGCUGCGCAACAUCACCAGCUGGCAAGGGAUUCUAGCCGAUGCGGCACUGAAAGAUCUCGCGAUCGGUUCGCUGCUGAAUCGCUACCUGCUGAACGGGAUGCGCGUCUGCUCGCCGGUGGACGCGGUCGGCAAAGCGUCCACGAUCGUGUACACCCUGCCGCGCGUCUGGCUCAAUCCGGGCGCAUCGGUGGUGCAGGGCAUGGAUCAGUUCGUCACCAUGCUGCGGCAUCUGCAAUCUCAGCUCGAUCCUGCCCUUCCUCCGAAUGGCGAACUUGCCGAACAGAUACGCAAAAUUCUAACAAGCUUGCACGUGACUGCGACGUAGUGCUCGUUUGCCGGUGGGCAGCUGAAGCAAACGCGAAGCGAAGUGGUGCUUCACAACAAACACUUGCAUCCCGUUUGGAAAGCCGUUUUUUCUGAUCACUGUUUCUAGCAAUACGCGGAUGAAUGAAGAAAGCAAAUAAAGUGCUCCCGAUCGUUUUAAAAUGGAAAUGAAA